GAUGCUCUAAAAGCCCAAAACUUCAUUGUCGGCCAGUGGCAGCUCCCAAGGCUUCAGUCAAGAAGAGGUCAAUAAACCAGGCUUCCAAGGCUCUUCACCAACCCUCACUGUGCCAUAGCUAAAGCUCCUCACUUGCGCCAUUCGCGGAGCAAAGCUACUUAAAGUUGGACAUUCCAUAUUCAAUUUGAAGAGGUAGAAGCAGUACUUGUUAAGAGUAAGACUAUGGGUAGUCAGAGAAUAGGAGAAGAAGAUGAUAAACAAUCAAGAUCUCUGGGGAUGCAAGAGACAAGCCCAUUUAAUAGUACAAGUUGGGUGGGGAAGAUUCAAGCGCAGUACAACAAGAUAAAAGAGAAUGCAGAAACUUACCCUUAUGUCUGGGGUUCAUAUAUUGCUGUGUACGGGGGUUUUGGCGUAUGGCUUGUCUAUAGAGGGAUGAAACUCCGCAGAAAAGAAGAUAGGGUCCGAGCUCUUCAAGAGCAACUCCGCAAGCUCGUUGAGUCUGAAGAGCAUGGAAGUUUGUCAGCUGCUACUGGCUCUAACAGUAAGCACUCACCACAUGAUAAACCCACUGAUUAAAUUAUCUCGCUGAUCUGUAUUCUCUCUGUCUAUUCUUUAUGGCCUUUGCCUGACAUUUUGGAAGAGAUUCUUCACAUUGAAAUGUAAAGAACUAAAGCCCAGCUAAAUCUUCUUAUUCCCACAUGUAUACUUAUUUGGGACUUGGGAGAGUAAGUAUACAUGAAAAUUGGGAUUUUUGAUCAUCUGCACAAAACAUCAUGGUUAUUUUUGUAAAACAGAUACAAAGAAAGUAGACUUACAUCACCAUUAUAUUCCUGAACUUGACGAGUAUUGAAUACUCUGUUUUUUGGUUUCAUGUGUGAGCGCCCUCGUGUAUAAAAUUUAUGCGCAAUGGCCAUUCUUCAUUCAAAAAAUGCGUCAAAC